GGUUCAGAACUUCAGCUGUCGCUAGAGCAUCGCCGUCGUCGAUCCUUCGGACUCUGAUGUGGUCGUGGGCUCGAGGCCCAUCAACCAUGCCUUGGGAAAAGCCAAAUAUUGCUCGUGGGCUAGAGCCCAAAAGCUUCCCCGAGUGGCCACUUCAUCAUCGUCGUCGUCGUCGUCAUCGGCCAUCGCUUGCGUUGCUCGUCCUCAAUUCAAUUCGGCAUCGCCAAGAAUUAAAUGCCCGUCUCUGUUCCUGAACCUAAAAUUAUUAAAUGCACCAGCUGAAUCGUCACCCAAUCUACUUCCCCUUCCUCUCUCCUUCCUAACUCCUCCCCUCUUAUGGAUCCCCCUCUCUCCCCCUCCACCCUCCUCCUCCAUGUCCGCCGCCACCGCCCUGCCCCCGCCUCCCCCCCCGCCUCCCUCUGCCGCCAGCUACCUCACCAACCUCGGUCUCGGCUACGCCAUCGCCAUCGCCCUCGGCUUCCUCGUCCUCCUCUCCUCCGUCCUCCUCGCCUCCUACCUCUGCUGCCGCUCCUCCUCCCGCCGCCGCCUCCUCCUCCUCCGCCAACAGCCCGCCGGCCCGGCCCCGCCCGGCAACCCGGUCUCCGACGGCAUCAUCCUCCCCCGCAUCAUCUUCGUGGCCGAGGACGACAACGAGGAGAGCGAGGCGGAUCAGAGCGUGGCGGUGGGGCUCGACCCCAGCGUCAUCAAUUCGUACCCCAAGUUCGCUUUCUCUAGGGAGGCCGGUGGCGUCGGCGGCAGCACGACGUGCUCGAUCUGCUUGUGCGAGUACAAGGAUUCGGAGAUGUUGAGGAUGAUGCCCGAGUGCCGCCACUUCUUCCACCUGCUCUGCCUCGACGCCUGGUUGAAGCUCAACGGGUCGUGCCCUGUCUGCCGGAACUCCCCCCUUCCCACUCCUCUCUCCACGCCCCUCUCCGAGGUCGUACCGCUCUCUCAGUACGGCGAAGACCGCCGUAGACGGCGCUGAUUAUUCCUUUCUUCCUUCUCCUUUUUUUCUUCGGGGUGGUUUGGUUGGUGGGUUUUUGGUUUCUGCGAGUGUUCUUGGUGGGAGUGUAAAUUCUACAACAAACGAGGUCGAGGGAUUGUAUUGUGGGGAUUCUCGUUCUCUCGUUUCACUGAAUUCGUCAUUUUGAUUGGUGAUAGUUCUUUAGAGUGAAGAAGAGACACAAAAGUUCGGAAUUUUGACAUGUUUUCUCUGGUAGCAGUUCACUGUUAGAUUGAAUUUUCAAUUUUUUUCGUCU